AUGACGUCACAUUUACCAACUGCUCAGAAACAACAACAACAACAAAAACAACCUUAUGUGCGACUUUCAUGUACUUAUCAGGGUUAUCAGGGCACACUAGAAGCUGAUAAGCACGGCUGUAAAUUUAACCAUGAUCUUGUAAAAGCAGAUUUUCCAUGGGAUUCUGUAAAAUCAAUUCGAAUAAUGACGAAACAUGUGAAGGAUGUACCGACUUCUGUUUUAGUACUCAAGACGGCACGUCAAAAACAAUUUUCUUCAAUGUUCCUUAGUAAUACAAAGCACUACUUUUAUGGCUUUGACGAUAUUGUAGAAGCUGUGAGAGAACUGAUGGAACUUAAGAAUAGCGUGGACGGACUUGAUGUAGCCCCACUAGGUGACCCUAAUAGUCCUCCAGUUAACAAACCAACAGCUCCGUUGACGGGUGAAAACAGUAAUAGUAUAUAUACGCGACAAAACCCAUCACCAUCCGGAAAUGCGAACAAUAAUCGUGCCGUUGAUAGUCUUACCGCUGCAGGAAGGAAUCGAGCAACAAAUGGUGUUGGCUCACUUGUGGCUACUCCAAAAGAUGAUGAUAAUUUGAGUUCGGCCUCCGCACCACAGUUAAGAAAUGGCGCAAACGGACGAUACGAUCCUGAUGAAGAAACAGAAGGACGAGGAGGUGGAGUGAAUAUGCCGUUAAUUAUAAACAGACAGCGGCAUGCAGAGCCAAGGGAGAGUAUUUGUGUUCCACCUCAACCGCCACGUGUAGGUAGUUGUAGUGGAACACUGAAAAAAAGAGGUGGAAGGCAAGAUAUAUCGAAUGAUUAUCGAUACGUUAGAUGGGGACAUAACCUUUCGGAAGCUCUCUCUUAUUAUCCCCGGGGAUUAGCUGGAAUUCUUUUGGGAAUACUGAUAGUAGUAGUUUUACUGUUAUUGUAUCUGCUUCUCAUGCCAUAUUUCCUCGCUAUAGGAAAUAAACUUGGUUUACGAGAAAAUUCACCACAAGAAAAAGUAAAUCAUGUUGUUCAAGGACUAGAACAAUUACAUCAAUGGCAAAGAAAACAUCAAAUUGAGUUAGUUGAAGGUCAUCCACAUAAUAAAAAGGAUAAUGAAGUAACACAUAUGAUAGAACCGCCUUUAAAACCUCCUGUACGUAUAACAUUAAAUGAUAUGACUGCAGCUGUUAAAGAACUUCUCGGACGGUAUAUUAGUGUUCAACGAGAAAUGGAUGCACUUCGAUUGCGUCGUGUGCGUCGUGAACUUGGUGGUGGUGAUACUAACUUUGAGGCUCGACGUCGUCACCUUAAAGGUAUUUCCAUUCACGAUUCAACAGAUGAAAAUAGUGAUGAUGGACAAAAAAUACAUGAUUCCGGUAUUGAUUGGCUUAAUGAGAUUGAAGAACCCUCACGUUCACGUAGAUUAUCAUUAGAAUCGGUUGCGGCUAGUUUACGUCGUUGGAGACGUUUUUUCCAUACAGUUAUUGCUACAAUAAAGUGGGCUUUUUGGGGAAAGAGGAGUAGUAGUGGUAGUAGUUGUCUCACUAGUAGGAAUCAACCAUUAACCCAAGUUAAUUGUAAAAAUUAUUUUUGGUGUAAUAGUGAGGGAUUUAAUGAGAAACAAACUCUUACACGUUAUAGUGAAGUAUUACUUGAUGGACAAGCUGUUGUGGAGGAUGUCGUCAAGGAGGAUGCGGAAGAACGCCGCAAAUGUCUCUUUCUUUCACGUGAACUGGUGCGUCUCGCAGAGUUAAUUGAAGAAAUGUUUUUAGAGUAUCAAGAGAUAAUUAUGGCACCACAAUAUGAGGCAUUCCUACGUCAGGUACCCUUUACAUCAUCAUCAUCAUCAUCAUCAACAUCGACAACAACAACAACAAGUAGUGAUAAUAUUGCAGGUAAUAUGUUUGUAGGAGUUGGUAGUGAGGAUGAUGGAAUGUUAACUGGUCAAAGCAGUUAUUUAUUACGUACUAUUCUGCUUCGGAGACAGACACUCGCACUGUUAGAAUUACAACCGUUGCUACUAUGGAAUGGUUUUCAGAGUGAAAAUGGUUUUGGGCAAGAGAAAAAUCGAUCAACCUUAUCACGUAAUUCUUUUCCUAACAAUAACAGUAGAAAAAAGAAUGGAAAUGAUGAAACAUUAAAAGAAGAACCUACAAGAGAAGAUGUUGAGGCUAUUCUACAUGAUUUUGUAGAAAGUUCAACCAGUAGAAAUAUUGGGGACUCUUGGACGAUUCUACGAAAUAUUCUAGAGGAAGUUCGUUACUGGUACGAUCAUGAAAAGGAUUGGCAAACACUCAUUCUUUGGAAACUUAACACUACGAAGGAAAGUGAUGCCUCUAAAAAUGUAUCAAAGACUUCCAAAGGCUCUAAUGAUGAUUUCGAUCAUAUUAUUACGAAAGUACCAAUGUUUCGUGGUUUAUGGUGUUUUCUAGAAGAACCUUUGCAACCACGACAUGUGAAUAAAAAAGAGGAGGAUAGUGCUUUUACCUCCUCCUCCUCAAAUGAUGAUAUUUCAUCUGGGAAUACGAAAUCUGAAGUUUCAAAGGGAAAAGGUAUAAUAAGAAUGCGAAGAUGUGGAGCUGUAAAUUGUUGUAAUGUUGAAGAGGGUAUUAUAACACCUAGUGAUCCUUAUAAUAUUUUCCAGAAGGGAUUGGAGAUGUGCUCUGUUUUUCAGAAAAAAGAACAGGAAUACUUGUCUAGUAACAACUUGAGAACUACCGUUGAGAAUGAUGCGAAAAGUGAUGCAUUUUCUAUAGAUGUUAAUAUAGAAAAAGAAAAACUUGAAGAGGAAUACGAGGAUGAUGUUGAGAGUGGCUACGAUGUGGCGAAUACACAUGUUCGUAAAUUUGAACUUAUGACACUUGAUGUACAACUGCGGUGGGUAAAUGCUUUUGAACUCUUCCUUCUCUCACAUGAUAAUAAACAAUCCACCUGGAAUUGCAAUGAAAGAGACGGUAGACGUGUGCAAUUGGUAGAGUUAGCCACUGACAGUGAUGAAGAAACAGCUGAUAUGAAGGAAAUGUCUCAAAUUCGUCGACGGCUUUUAUCUGUACUUGGGAGAGCACAAAACCACUAUGGACAUCAUUUGAUGAGUGAUGGGACUCUCACUUCCUCCUCCUCCGCUGCAUUGAUUGAUUUUGUACGGGAAAGCGCUGAAAGAAGAAAAUCCUCAUGGUGGCGGUUUAUUCCAUUUCUCUCAUGGUUUUCUAGAGAUCGAACGGCAGAACCACUGCAGUGUCUAUUAGGACGCAUGCAGCCCGCAGAUCCAACAGUACGGCGUAUUUAUAGAGAUCUCUUGCGGGUUCCACUUGGGGAGACGGAAGAUAUUCCUUGGAUGUUGUUGCAUUUACUCAGCAUUCCACCAGAUAUGCUGCGAGAAUACCACAAUGCGGGAUCUUCCUUUAUAUUCGCCUCCUGUUUUCUAUUCCUGUUUUUAUUGGCAUCUGUUGUGGGAUUUAUGUUUCUCUAA